GUCAUUGAGAAGUUGCUGACAGGACAACAUGCACGCGAACUUCAAGCAAAGCAAGCAAAAAUAUUGUGUGUGCGUGCAUGGUGAUGUUAGGUAUUUUACUUCUUUAACAUACAAUUUGUGGAAUUCGUAAAUAAUCAUCAUGAACUUUAUUUCACAAGGUUGAUUUAUUUUAUCCGUAAAAAUGAAGCUCGUCUUCAAAAGCAUCGAAAAAGAUGGUUGUGGAAGUAUUGGGCUUAUCCCGGAGGAGCCCGAGGAUAUGUGGCACGCGUACAACCUAAUUGCUGAGGGCGAUGCUGUAACAGCAUCUACAGUGCGUAAGGUCCAGACGGAAUCUUCCACAGGAUCUUCUACGAGUAACAGAGUGAGAACUACACUCACUAUAAGCGUGGAAAAUAUAGAUUUUGAUACGCAAGCAUGUAUGCUACGAUUGAAGGGGCGAAACAUCGUGGAAAAUCAAUAUGUUAAGAUGGGAGCUUACCACACACUGGACUUGGAACUAAAUCGAAAGUUCACAUUGCAAAAGGCACUAUGGGACUCGGUAGCCUUGGAGCGGGUGGACAUGGCCUGCGACCCUGCGGUCAAUGCUGAUGUGGCAGCUGUUGUGAUGCAAGAAGGUCUAGCUCAUGUGUGUCUUAUUACACCCUCAAUGACACUGGUUAGAUCAAAGAUAGAUAUCACAAUCCCUCGAAAGAGGAAGGGGUUUGCGCAGCAACAUGAAAAGGGUUUGAACAAGUUUUAUGAUGCUGUAAUGCAGGGAAUCCUCCGACACAUUGAUUUCAGCAUUGUCAAGUGUGUGAUAAUAGCAUCUCCUGGGUUUGUGAAGGAUCAGUUCUUUGACUACAUGAUGCAACAAGCGAUAAAGACCGAUAACAAAUUACUUCUUGAAAAUAAAGGAAAGUUCUUGCUAGUUAAGGCUUCAUCUGGAUUCAAACAUUCCUUAAAAGAGGUUCUUCAAGAGCCGGCAGUGAUCUCUAAAAUAUCUGACACCAAGGCCUCAAGUGAAGUCAAGUUACUAGAAAGUUUUUACACUAUGCUGCAACUGGAGCCGGCUAAGGCUUUCUAUGGCAAGAAACAUGUGGAGAGGGCCAAUGAGGCAAUGGCCAUUGAAAUUCUAAUGAUAUCUGAUAAAUUAUUCAGAUGUCAAGACAUACAACAGCGAAAAGAGUAUGUUGCGCUAGUGGAUUCAGUUCGAGAAAAUGGUGGAGACGUCAGGAUAUUUUCCAGUAUGCACGUAUCUGGCGAACAACUGGAUCAGCUGACUGGUAUAGCAGCUAUCCUCAGAUUCCCCAUGCCGGAGCUCGAAGAUAGCGACGCUGAAGACGACAGUGAUUCAGAUUAAUUUGAUAUGAAAACUAUUUUUUAUUCAAUCAUUUGGCUUUAAUGCCUACAAUAUUGACUGAGCAUUCGAAAUAUUUUAAAGACAUGUGAAAAUUGAUUUUUAUAUUUUAUGUAUAAUCCAGAUAUUCAUUAUGUCUUUAUUUUACAAGUUCCCCUCAUUUGUUAUACAUAUAAGAGUAAUUUUAAGCUGUUAUAAUAAUGUAAUAUUGUACAUAUGAAAAUUGUAGAUUAAAUAAAACUGUUAUUUUGAAAUUA